AUGGAGAAUACAAACUAUUUAAAAAGGAGGUUCAGAAGUAGUGGUUCACUCGAUAUGAGGGAUACAAUGUCCAGUUCUUAAGGGUUUUUUAGCACCAAUAAACUAUUCGUAAAUUAAUAAGGAUUAAGUUCCAACAUUUCCUCAUCUACUUUAAGACAUACUGCUCUCCAAUUUUCCUUUCCAAGAGCCCAUAGAUUUAAUUCAUAAUCAGAAACUAAUAUUUAAGCUUUAGAACUCCCAAGUUAAUUAGGAAGCAAAACAACUUCCUAAGGAUUUGGGGGCAGAAUAGAAAACUUUUAAUGGAUGUGGUAAGAAUCAAAUGCUAAGGAAAUGCCAAGUCCAGACAGAUAUGAGGUAAGAGAAAUCCCUGGGAAGGAUAAACUCAAAAGGUCUUUCGGAGGACCUUGGGAAUUGUACUCUAAAACAUAUCUGCCCUAUAAUAAGAACUAAGCCCCAGAAUUUGCCAAAUUUCUGCCUGGCCCUGGAGAAUAUAAAGUUAGAAAGGAUUUGGGUUAGCAUAGAUAUAAAUUUUUAUUGAAAGGGAAGGGCAAGAUGUUGAAUGAUAAUCCUGAAAAUGGAGUUCCAGGCCCUGAGGCUUAUUCUCCUACCACCAAACUUACCUCGCCAUCUCGAUUUAAAGAAAUCACUUAAGGGAUAGGUGAAAAAAAAGAUCCCUUUCGAUCAACCAGUACAACCCCAGGCCCAGGUAAGUAUGAAUUACCAUCCGCGUUCUCGAAAAAACUUAGGGUAAGAGGAGGGGACAAACGGGCUUUCAUAUGA